UGCAGAGAAGCCGGUAGUCCGGCCGGAGAGCCGCGCCACGAAACUUCGGUCCCCAGUGCGGUGCGGGGACCCCCUGCGGGAGCACGGUGGCACGCCCCUCUCUUCUCCGGCGUCACCUGGGGCCUCGGCGUUACCCCACUCCCUGCCGAGGGAGAGCGACUUCAGGGCAGUGCGUGUGGCCCGGAGCACCGGGGUGGCGCAGCAGCGGGGACCUUGCGCCCGGGGGGUCCCAGCUCCCCGGUAGGUCGGUUUGGCCACGUAGGCAAGCGAGGGGCUUUGGGUGGCCGCGUGCGACCCCUCUCCCGCCCGCUACUUUCGCUUUCCCUCGGGGAAAACUUGCACGCCGCGGCGGGGGCGGCAAGAUCCGGGACUAACUGGAUCUAGGCUUCUUGGCGGCGGAGCUCACGGGUCCCCCGGAGGUGGAGAGGACGGCGGGGCGACCGCAGUGAGCGUCCAGCAGAUGCCGCGGCUUCGCAGCCGUGAGUGGUACCCCGCGAAGUUCCCGGGGCCCGCGUGGGAGCCCUCCCCGGCUUCGGCUCCACGCGGGAUUUCUCCAGAGAGUGGCGGGGACAGAGGUCCUGGGAGAAUCAAGCUUCAGGUUGAGUGUGUCCCAGUCCGUCGCCUCUGCAGGGACGAGCUUCCUGCGUUUUAAGGUCAAGUUUUCCUGCCGCAGAGCCCGCCAGAAACCGUCCCCCGCUGUGAAGCGGCGGCGUCUCCCCUGAAGGCUGGGAACCUCCGGGGAAUCCCAGCCCAAGGGAAGGGACUUCAGAAACCCCUUGUACGUGGGUGUGCCUCCAAGGUGAGCGCGGUGUGAGAAUGAAAGCGCCGAGGUCCAGACCCGAACGACUCUGGAACAGGCACUGCAGGCGGAAUAGAGAUCGAAGGAAGCAGUAUGGAGAAUGACUUUCAUGCCCUGCAGUUCCAUUGAGGCCUCUGUGCUUGCUGUUUUGCAGAAUGAAGAUAUUCAGAUGUUGCUUUAAAUACACUCUGCAGCAGAAACUCUUCCUCCUCCUCUUAACCCUGUGGCUGUUCUCCUUGUUGAAGCUCCUAAAUGUGGGCAGGCUCCUCUUCCCUCAAAGAGACAUUUACUUGGUUGAAUACUCCCUAAGUACAUCACCAUUUGUGAGGAACAGGUUCCCCGAGACCGGGGAUGCAGCCAGGGACGACGUUAACUGCUCGGGGGUCUACGAGCACGAGCCUUUGGAAAUCGGCAAGAGUCUGGAAAUCAGAAGACGGAGCAUCAUCGACUUGGAGGACAGUGAUGUCGUGGCGAUGACAAGUGACUGUGACAUUUAUCAGACCCUAAGACAGUACCAUGAAAAACUGGUUUCAAGAGAGGAAGAGGACUUCCCCAUAGCCUAUUCGCUGGUCGUCCACAAAGAUGCCAUCAUGGUUGAGCGGUUGAUCCGAGCUAUUUACAACCAACACAACCUUUACUGCAUCCAUUAUGACCUGAAGUCACCGGACGUGUUCAAAGCUGCCAUGAACAACCUAGCUAAGUGCUUCCCCAAUAUCUUCAUCGCUUCCAAAUUAGAGACUGUGGAGUAUGCUCACAUAUCCAGGCUCCAGGCCGAUUGGAACUGCUUAUCAGAUCUCCUCAAGUCUUCCGUUCAGUGGAAGUACGUCAUCAACCUCUGUGGGCAAGACUUUCCCCUAAAGUCAAAUUUUGAAUUAGUGACAGAGCUGAAAAGUCUCCAAGGAAGGAAUAUGUUAGAGACGGUGAGACCUCCCAGUGCUAAGAUGGAGAGGUUUACCUUCCAUCAUGAGCUCAGACAGGUGCCUUAUGAUUAUAUGAAGCUACCAGUAAAGACGAACAUCUCCAAGGGGGCACCCCCUCAUAACAUUGAGGUAUUUGUGGGCAGUGCCUAUUUUGUUUUAAGUCGAGCAUUUGUUAAAUAUAUUUUCAACAGCUCCCUCGUUGAAGACUUUUUUGCCUGGUCUAAAGAUACGUACUCUCCUGAUGAGCACUUUUGGGCCACCUUAAUCCGGAUACCAGGAAUACCCGGGGGAAUUUCCAGUUCAUCCCAGGAUGUAUCUGACCUGCAGAGUAAGACCCGCCUGGUCAAAUGGUUUUACUAUGAAGGCUUUCUCUACCCCAAUUGCACUGGCUCUCACCUUCGAAGUGUGUGUAUUUACGGAGCUGCAGAAUUACGGUGGCUCUUAAACGAAGGGCAUUGGUUUGCUAAUAAGUUUGAUUCUAAAGUUGACCCCAUCUUGAUGAAAUGUCUGGCGGAAAAACUUGAAGAGCAACAGAGAAAGCUGAUUGCUUUGUCUUCAGAGAAGUUCAUGACAGAGGGAAACCGUCAAAGCCACACAUCAUAAGCUGACUAAGGGCCCGAGGGCGUCUGUUACAAAGAGUUAAGUGAGAUGGAAUUACACACCCAUGCCAUGCCCAACAGCAUCUGAACUUAAUAGUUUUUCCAAGGUUGAAACUUCUACGGAUUUCCAUGCCUGGACUUCGAGUCCACAGUUGGCUGGUGUCUAAGUGCUGAAAUCGCUUGUCGUCUUGCUAAGUCAAAUAUGUUAAAUGUUCAGUGAUAGCACAUUUAUUGAACACCUAACAGCACACCAGGCACUUUAUCGAAAGACACCCAGGAGUUAAGUCUAAGUUGCAAUGACUUGUUCCCUCAGGAAGCAGCCUUUACCCUCCUAGUGUGGCAACUGUUGUGUUUCUUAUUUCUGUGUAACAAGGGUGCUACUGAAGCCGACUUUGGGGUGUGUGCUAAUCGUACAAGCCACUCCCUCUGAAAAGUGUGGGAGUGUGAAGCCAGCCCCCCCUUCUCUCACUUUAGCAAUGAGACCUUUUUGAAUCGUUAGAAUAUCAGGAGGAGGGAUUCCACUACCUCAGAGAAGCUCAAAGAGUGGUCCGAUCGCCUGCUUGCCAAAGUAUAAUUUACCUUUUGGUGCCUCACUUUUCUGAUUCAGGGUAGAGGGAGUGCUGUGGUGUGAUGCUUGUAGGGUAUGGUUCUCUGAGAAGGCAGAGGGGCUGGCGUGGGUGGACUGGGACAGCCAGUGCUGGAGAGGAACACAGGCUCCAUUCAGCUUUGCAUUUGUUACACAAUGGUGUCACAAUUGGCUUUCUUUUUAAUUCACUUGUUUCUUUAAAACACAGGUACUGAUAAAGAUAAAACUAAGAGCUAGUUCAAAAUGUCAUAGGCCAGACCCCAGGCCUACACCUGUCAUUUCAUCAGGUAACAUUAUAGCUACAAUUGUAUCCUUGCCGCAGUCCGACACUUCUGACAGGGUUCAUAGAUCUGUUCUAUAUAACCGCCAAGUCAGUAAGCAUUCUUAGAAGGACUUUGUGAAAUAUGACAGCUUUCUCAGUUGGUUAUUGUGGUCACUUACUCAUUUUCCCUUUUUAAACAAAAUGGAGUCAAAAUUCAAAAUCAUUAACACUUCCUGUUAGUGCAGCAUUUUUCUCAACUGAGCACCAAAGAGAAUAUUAUUACCCUUUAUUUUACAAACACCCACACUUAGAAUCAUUUUGCAUGCACACACAUACACAUGCACACAUACACACACAUGCACACGGAUGGGGGAGGGGCAGAGGCACCUUGAGACUGAACGUAUUGUGUAUUGUGCUGCUGAGCCACAGCCCUGAGAACAGGCUGCAACAUUACACCAGUCUCUGUGGAGGGUAGGACACAUAUAAAAAUUCCUUGUGUUUUGAUAUCAGCCCCAAUAACUAAUUAUGUGGUGAUUGACGCCAAAAUCAGAUUAUUUGAAAGACUGGAGUACGUAAAUAUCAUUUUACACUUCUGUGCUCUGCACGUGCCAUGCUCUUGCUGUAUAUAACGGUUCGUAGCACUAGCUGCCCUGUGGCCCCAUUUUGCUCCAUUCCUUUAAGUCACCUUGCACCUCUUUCAAUACCCUUUGGAUGCUUUUGUUCCCUAGGAAACAUCCGUUACCAACUUUCUAUCCUUAGAUGAUGAAGUAUAGAGGGCGGCUCGGCAGUUAAGAAAAUGCGCUGUUCCUGCUGAAGGCGCAAGUUCUGCUCCCAGCACUCACACCAGGUGGCUCCCAGCUGCCUGUAACUCCAGUUGUAGGGAAACCAGUGCCACCUUCUGGCCUCCAGUGGCACCUACACCCAUCUGUCUACACACACACACACACAAAUGUACUCACGCAUACAGGCUUGCACACGCACACCUGCACACAGAUGUAUCACAGGUUUUUAAGGAGCCUCACAGAGAAUCUGCCCAGGUCUGUGGGUGGGUGAGACCUAAGAAAACCUAUCGGCCUCCAUGGGCUCUGCUCUCUGUGCACUGAGCACAGGCACUGAACAUGCUGUCGUUUCCUCAGAGGCUCUCAUGAGGUUCAAGGGAAAUGUCACAUGAAGGGGAGACAAAAUUUGAACUAUCAGUUUGGUGACAGUGUUAAGAUAACCAGGUCCAUUGUGAGAAUUAAAAAUGAGCCUUUAAAUCACAAGAGGCCAGAGUUGCAGGGGAAGCUCUGCCACCAGAUUCAGGGCUGAGAAAAAAAACCCUGUCAUGGCAUUUGGAGUUUCUUGUACAGCCAACAGCAUAGUAGCAUGCAGAUUAGAGAAACGUUGAUAACCAUGCAUGAUCAAACUCAAGGACUUCAGUCAUCAAGGAGAAUGUAAGGGCAACAUGCAGGUAGCAUCUACCUUGUCCCCUGUCUUUCUGCAGAGAAAGGCCCCUGUUCUCUGGUAUUAGGAAUUGUCUCAAAUUGCUGCAUGCUGCCCUGCUGUUUUCAAGUGGAUGAUGGGCAGACCAAGUGGCAUGCCUUCCUUCCCCCAUGGGCACAUUUCUCUGGACUCAGAAACGUCAACUGCUCGUAUUUCAGGGAGCUCGCCAAAGCACUGGCUCUUGCCUUGGGAAUCCUGCAGGGUCUUCAGAAUUGAUUCUAGCAAAAACCGUUUGCUAUAAGCCCUUCCCAAAUUUCAGAAUGUACAGCACUGUUUUAUAAUUGUUCUUUGUAUAGUAUUUAUUGAAUUAGACUCUAAUUUACUUAAAGGCAAGAGUUUAUGAAUUAUAUGUGAAUAUUAGAAGAAAAAUGAAGGCUGUCAAAAUAUGUGAGCAAUCGUAGACUGUACCAUAGACACUGUAUAUCGAAAAGCCAGUACUGCUAUUUUUUCUUUUGCUUAUUUUAAAUAAUAAAACUCAUUGAAAGAUUAAAGAUUUUAGGGCUAGAAAGAUGCCUUAGCAGUUAAGAGUACUGGCCACUUGUCCAGAGGAUCCAAGUUCAAUUCCCAGAAUCCUCAUGGCAGC